UCCGGCUUCUCUCUCGCCAUUGGCUGGAAGCACCUUCGCUCCUUUCACGUGACGGAGAGAGUUACGGAAGGGAGGCGGUGUGUUAGUUCUGUCCCACUAGGGCCACCGUCCGCUCGCGCCCGCUCGGCCCAGAAGUGUCUGUGUGUGGGGAGGCGGUGGCGCGGCUUGGUCGCGGGCAGCGGCCAUGAGCAAAAGGAACCAGGUCUCCUACGUGCGGCCGGCCGAGCCCGCCUUUCUUAGCCGCUUCAAGCGGCAGGUCGGGUAUCGGGAGGGGCCCACGGUGGAAACCAAGAGAGAGCAGCUUCCACUUGCAGAUGGUGAUAGUGAGAACGGCAGUGACAAUGAAGAUGAGCAGCCUCAAGUGGUAACACUGAAAAAAGGGGACUUGACUGCUGAAGAAGCAAUGAAAAUUAAACAGCAAAUCAAAGAGGCCUUAAAGUCAAAUGAAUCAGGUGGUGAACCAGAGCCUGCUGAUGGAAAAAUUGUGUUCAGGAAGCCAGCCAAACGUUCAUCAGAGAAGUUUUUGGACUUCAAUGUAAGUUCAAGUAAGAAGAUGAAAGCGGCAAAGAAAACUAAGAGAGAAGCAACUACUCCUCAGAGUACAGCUAAGCAAAUAAAAAAUAGCAGUCUUCUCUCAUUUGAUGAUGAGGAAAAUGAUGAUUAGGAGUUGUAUUUUUUUAUAUUUUACUUACCCUUCUAGGGAUCUGAAUAAGAUUGAAGGUUUUCCUAGAAAUUGAAGCAUGGUAUCUGAGUCUUCUCUUACUUUGUUAACAGUUCAACUAGAGA